AAUCUAGCUUUAGUGAGUCCAAUGCUACCAAUUACGUAGAAAGCCGGUCAUGUCAAAUUUCACUUGUUUUGAGGAAAGUUAUGGCUGCCGGUCGUUUAGUGAUCAAGAUUUUUUCGCUGUUGUAAACCAGAGGUUAGAUGGUUUCUACUUUUGAAUAUCAUUUCUGAUCGUAGUGUGUAGUUCAGGAUUUUCAAUUCUAUUGUUUGGUGACUUCAUUCAAACCAUCGAUUAUCAUUCACGGUAUGGCCAAAUCAACUCAACUCGUCUAAAAAUUGACAAUCCUGGUUCAGAGGAGAUAAAAGAAAGUCCUAAAGACUUGGAAGGUUCAGAGCGAUGGAAAAGAAGAUUCGUGAGCCAUACGACCUUCGAUCGAGAGAGUGGAAAUUAAGCGACAAGCUACACACCGAUAUCAGAGAUCUCGCAUGUAAAGUGACGGUGAAAGUACCCGGCGCUCAAUCAGUUGCACCUAUUGCUAACAAGUUGGUGGACUUUCAAAGGCAAAUCGUAGCGCAGGAAAGGGCUGUUAAAGGCGUGGACGAGAGAGAAGAGAAAGAAUUUCUUUGUUCACUAUGCGGAUGUUUUUACAUCGAGCCGGUUACGCUGAACUGUGGACAUACGUUAUGCAAGACGUGUAUUAUUCCAGUCGGCGAAAUUUCUGUGUCAGCUGUCUACUGUAAACUGUGCGGCUCUAAAAAUUAUGAAAAUAAUCUAUCCAUAAAUGUCCUAGUCUCACAAUUGAUUCAAAAAUGGUUCCCCGACGAGUAUGAACGAGAAGUAAAGCAGUUAGAGGAAAUCGUUCGGCGUAAACCACAGGGUAACCAGCAAAAAAUCGUUGAAAGCGUGUCGGACGUCCUAAACAAGUCUCCAAAACAGGUGACGGCUUUAAAAUUGCGGAGCCAUGCCUUCUUACAGAUGGGGCUAUACAAAAAGGCCCUGGAAGAUGUCGACCUUGCUUGUGAUUUACGACCCUUUCUUUCGAGCGUUUUUCAUCAGAGGGGAGUGGUGUUGAUGAAAGUGGGAGACUACCACGCUGCUUCAAGUAGUUUUUCGCGCGCCUUAGCACUAGAUCCUAUGGUAGACCCGCGGUUUCGGUCAGAAUUGCUCACCUGUCUGACCCAUACGCUGGAUUCUGAACGAGCUGACCUACGCAGAAAGCUUUUACCUGGUGACCAUUUGGGAGAUUUAACCCGAAACAGUGCAUGUCAGAGCCCUCACACAGACAAGACAAAUGAUCACUCUCUUAAACACAGUUUUCUUCAAAAAGGAUCUUCCUUAAAGCGUCCUAUUGAAGACACUUCUGAUAGUUGUUCCCUCUGCUCUCGAGAAUGGAGAUCCAAGUAUUUCAAAUCUUCGACAGAGCUCAUUUCGAAUUCUACUAAACUUUGUGAGGCUAAUGCCGUGAGGGAGCUUGAAGAUCUGGAAUGCAAAGUCUGUUAUAACAUUCUGUAUGAGCCAGUCACUACAACCUGUGGACACACCUUCUGCAGAACAUGCUUACAAAGAGGGCUCGAUUACAGAUCAGAAUGCCCAUGCUGUCGUCGUGCCCUCAACUGCGGAGUUGAAAGGAACACUAAAGUUAAUGUGAUCAUUAAAGAGACUGUGAAGAAAUUCUUUGCUGACGAAUACGCUGAAAGAGAGAAGAGCUUCAUAGAAGAAAAGUCACGUUGGAAGGGAGUUGGUGUUAACGAAGAUAUAGAACUGCCUAUAUUUGUAUGUCUGUUGGCUUUUCCAAGUCUUAAAUACCCGCUCUAUAUCUUUGAACCGCGAUACCAGCUUAUGAUCCGUCGAUGCGUGGAGCUAGGUUCCCGGAUGUUCGGAAUGUGUGCUUUUUCUGAGGACCCAGACAAGGAAUUUUCUGAUUACGGAACUAUUUUGCGCAUUGAAAAUGUCAGUUUUCUGCCUGAUGGCCGCUCCAUCGUUGAAACUACGGCGGUGCGAAGAUUUCGUGUUGUCUCCCGAUCAACGGCCGACGGUUAUAACACAGCGAAAAUAAAAUGGCUCGAAGACGAAAUUCCCAAAUCAUAUUCUGAAGAUCCAGACCUCCACACGAUGAACGUCGACUGCUAUAGAACUUUAGAACUUUGGUUUACUCUUAUGACACCGUUACAACAGACAUGCGUAACAAACGCAAUAGGCUCCAUGCCAGCCAUUGAGGAACUAGUACCCAGCUCUAACGGUCCAUCCUGGCUGUGGUGGGGAUUGGCGGCUGUCCCACUGAAAGAUAAAGCUAAGCUUAUCAUUCUGUCGAUGACGUCACUGGCUGAGCGGCUUCAAAGUCUUCGCCGCUUUUUAGAACUCUUGAUCGGGGUGAGAUUCGAGAAUUAGCGCCUGUGGAAUAUUGAGAACUUUUGAACUUUGCAUCUUUAAGUAGAUUGAUCUAAGAACUACUUGGAAGCCAGUGAGAACAUUUUCACCAGUAAAAACGAAAAUAGAAAACUUC